GACGGCCCGUGUAUUGGCCUACAGUUCCGGUGCGACUCCGACCCCGACUGCGCCGACGUGUCGGACGAGAUCGGGUGCCCCGAGAAGCCCGACUGUUCCAAACACCCGCUCUUCUGGGAUCCCGAGCAGAAGUUUGUGAGCUGUCCGUCGACUACGGCGUGCAUACAUCCCGACUGGAUCUGUGACGGACAGAAUGACUGCUGGGAUAACUCAGACGAAGAGAAUUGCAAAACCAAACAAAUCGAAACCUCCUGUCCGUCCAAUUCGUUCAAAUGCCACACAACUCAGUGCAUACCAAUGGCGUGGGUCUGUGAUCGGGACAACGACUGCGACGACCGCAACGGCACCGUCAGCUCCGACGAAGAGAAUUGCCAUUACGGGUGUCAAGCGGACCAAUUCCGGUGCAAUAAUACCGAUUGUAUUCCCAGUAUUUGGCGCUGCGAUGGCCAUCAGGACUGCGCCGACGGCAGCGAUGAAACUUCUGACUGCAAGACUAGGACAUGUCCUGACGACUGGUUCCGAUGCAAUAAUACGGGACAAUGUAUUCCCGCCAUUUGGAUAUGCGAUGGCGAAAACGAUUGCGGAGACACACAGGCCAGCGAUGAGCACCCGGAACAGGGAUGCGCUCAUAGCAUAUGCAAACAGAAUGAGUUCCAGUGUCUCAACUAUCAGUGCAUUCUUCAGAGCUUCUUCUGCGACGGCGACGACGAUUGCGGCGAUAAGUCGGACGAACCGGACAACUGUCUGUUCCGCAAGUGUUCCGGCGAUCAGUUCGAGUGUCACAACAAGAAGUGUAUACCGAAGACGUGGCUCUGCAAUGGUAUCAGCGAUUGUCACGAGGGAGAGGACGAGUCCAACGAACUCUGCGUCCAUAACAUUACCGGCGGCUCGAAGUGUACGGACGGCAAGUUUGAGUGCGAGAACGGUAUCUGUGUUGAGGCCGACCUCUUGUGUAACGGCGCCGACGAUUGCGGCGACUAUUCAGACGAAUCCAAAUGCAAUGUCAAUGAGUGCGAGUCGAAGAUCCAGUGCUCACAGAAGUGCGAAGACAUGCCCAUUGGCUAUAAGUGCAGCUGUUUUGACGGCUUCGAGCCUUUGGACGGCGGACGCAUUUGCAAAGACAUUGAUGAGUGCAAGACUCGCCGCCCCUGUAGUCAACAGUGCCGUAACACUCACGGCUCGUACCACUGUUCCUGUCAUAAGAACUACUAUUCCAUAGACAACGGCACCACAUGUAAGGCCAACAGUACCGUCGAGUCGACGCUCAUCUUCUCGAACCGCUAUUACAUCCGACAAAUCAAUACGAAAGGACAGCAACACAACAAUGUGCUACUCGUCCGCAAUUUGACAAACGCCGUGGCGCUGGACUUUGAUUGGGCCGAACAGUGUAUCUACUGGUCUGAUGUGACCUCUUUGGGCAGUUCUAUCAAAAGGUUGUGCGGAAACAACGAGUCGGCGGCCGAACAGAUACUCCAUUCGGCGACCGUUCAAAGUCCCGACGGUAUUGCCGUCGAUUGGAUCGGACGUAACCUCUAUUGGUGUGACAAAGGGAAGGACAGUAUAGAAGUGUCGCGACUCGACGGCAAGUUUCGUAAAGUACUCAUCAAAGAUGGUCUCGAAGAGCCGCGCGCUAUAGUCCUCAACCCAUUCGACGGCUAUCUGUAUUGGACUGAUUGGGGAGAGACUCCAUACAUAGGGAGGGCUGGUAUGGAUGGCUCUAGUUUUUCGAUACUGAUCAACGAGAGUCUCGGAUGGCCUAACGCUCUGACCAUCGAUUAUGUCAAUAGAGACCUGUUCUACGCGGACGCGCGCGAAGACUACAUCGCCGUCACCGAUCUGGACGGUCGUAAUCGGCACGUCGUUGUGUCUCGUAAAACAUCACAUCUGGUGCACCAUAUCUUCGCGCUCACCGUCUUUGAGAACACACUCUAUUGGAGCGAUUGGGAGACAAAGGGAAUCGAGUUUUGUCACAAAUACCACUGCACUAAUGUGUCCACUUUGACCUCAACCGCUCACCGACCUAUGGAUCUCCAAAUCUAUCACCCCUUACGACAGCAACCGCUUCCCGGCGGCAAUCCGUGCGAAAACAACACGUGCGACACACUGUGCCUAUUGAAGCCAAACGGCGGCAGUGUUUGCGUUUGUCCCGAAAAUUUUGUUCUCCAUUCAGACAACAGGACGUGUCAUAACAAUUGUACGACCAGUCAGUUUGUGUGCAAUUCAACGUAUAAUUGUAUACCAUUUUGGUGGCAAUGCGAUUCUCAAGACGACUGCGGCGAUGGUUCGGAUGAACCGUCAGAUUGUCGGCCGUUUCACUGCAAUCCCGGUCAGUUCCAGUGCGAUAACACCCAUUGCAUACCUCCAAACCAGUUGUGCGAUGCCAUCAGUCAGUGCGGCGACGGUUCCGAUGAAAAGGAUUGCGACAAAUAUACGUGUCUUCCGAGUCAAUUCAAAUGCGCGGCUAAUGAGACGGUUGGCGCCCAUUGUAUUAGUAUAACGAGUCGAUGCGAUGGCAUAAACGACUGUCCACUCAAAGAAGAUGAGGAAAACUGUCCUGAAAAAGUGUGUCAAAGCAAUCAACACAAGUGCGAUAAUAAUCGAUGCAUACCUCAGGUGUGGACCUGCGAUGGGGACGACGAUUGCGGUGACAAUAGCGACGAACCGGUCAACUGUACGGCUCGGAAAUGUGCCAAUAAUUACUUUAAGUGCGAAACCGGGCGAUGCAUUCCUCUCAGCUGGAAAUGCGACGGCGAUCACGACUGCGUCGGUCAAGAGGACGAGCAAUCGUGUAAAGACAAACCGUCCUCUUGUGGUGACAAUUACUUCCACUGCGACAACAAUAAGUGCAUUCCCAACCGAUGGAAGUGCGACUUUGAGGACGAUUGCGGCGACGGUUCCGACGAACUCAAGUGUCAGCCCAGAGAGUGCUCGGAAGACGAGUUUCGGUGCGCAAACGGACGGUGUAUUCGGUCGAUGUGGAGAUGUAAUGGUGUCUACAAUUGCGAGGAUAAAAGCGAUGAAAACAAUUGUAACGUUACGUGCAAUCAGAAUGAGUUCCAGUGUCAGGACAGCAACUUUUGUGUCCUCAACGACUGGAAAUGCGAUGGGAGAGAGUCUACCAUAUUUUUGACGUCCAUUAUAUGCGCUCAACCGUAUUUAGACUACGGGCUGAGGUAUACCAAUAGUAAACCGGGUAUUAAUUUGAAUAAACGAUAG